AUGGGUAUUGUUGAUAUGCCAGCUUAUACUGACUAUUGGUCAAAAUUCCUGAGGUUCGAUAAAAUAGCAGAUGUAAUGAGCUUAAAGCGUUACGAACAAAUCCGACGAUAUCUUCAUUUUGCAGACAAUGAAAUGGACGAUGGUGAUCGAUACUAUAAAAUCAGACCAUUUCUUGAAAGAGUCCGUCUUAAUUGCUUAAAAGUCGAAGAGGAAAACCAUUUCAGCAUUGAUGAAAUGAUGGUACCCUAUAAAGGCACAAGAGCGGGCUCAAGAAAGCAAUUUGUUAAAAAUAAACCUCGCAGAUGGGGGUAUAAGGUAUUCGUUCGAGCAGGAAUGACUGGAUUAGUGUAUGACUUUUUGAUUUAUGGAGGGGAAGACACUUUUCGCUACCAUGCCUUUACUGAAGAGGAAGACUGUAUGGGUUUAGGUGCAAAAGUUGUUAUAGCACUAUCACAGAGUAUUCAGCUGCCUGCUUGUAAAGUAUUAUACUUCGACAACUUCUUUACGUCGUUAGAAUUGAUUCACCAUAUGAGGAACGAGUAUGGGAUUUUCAGUUUAGGUACUAUAAGGUCGAAUCGUUUGCGUGAAGCCAACAAAAAAUUACCCACUGAUAAGAAUCUAAAGAAAAAAGGACGUGGUGCUCAUGCUCAAGUAGUCUCAAAUGAAAGCAAUAUUGCAAUAGUCAAAUGGUCGGACUCAGAAUAUGACUCAACCUGCGAAUACAUGUCCUGUAUGACAAGCAAGAAGAAUUCCAAGACUAAGGACCUUGCACAGAGAUCGGACUCAGAGGAAAAGGAGGUUUUUAACGAGCAGACUGGAAAGAAACAGAAGACUCCUGCACAGAAAAGAUCUGCGGAGGGGGACACGAAAGCUUCUAACAAUAAAAAACAGAAGGCGUCUACUUCUAAAACGUAA